AUGGUCGACACUUCCGCACUUGUCCGCCGGGGUCACCCAAUCACCUUUAUUAUCUUCACCUUCUUCAGUUUCAUUGUUGCUGUGAUUGCCUCGACGCUGGUCUCGGACUACAACAGUAACAACAAUGCUCCUACCACCGGCAUCAACAAUGCUACUCGCUUCCUUCUCUUCACUGGCUGGUGGGGUUUCCUUGUUGGCGUGGUCUACACUGGUCUCUUCCUCGCCAGUGUAGGCGGUGUAAUCACUUCGAUUGCUGGACACGGUAUCUCGAUCUUCCUCACCUGGCUCUUCUACCUUGCUGGUGCCGCGGCACUCACCGACCGCACCGGCGGCUCGUUUAACUGCGCCGACAAAGGUUUUCCCUUCCCUUACUGCAACUCGACCAAGGCGCUCAUGGCAUUCGCAUGGAUCUGCUGGAUUAUCCUUACCUUGAUGCUUGCCGUGAUUGCUGCCAUUGGUGCCGGUGCCUUCCGCGGUGGUCGAUCCGUCAAGGAGACGCUCGCGUAG